AUGCGUAUCAUACCAAUUCCUAUAUACGAACAUAAUUAUUCUUACCUCAUCGUUGACGACAAAGCUAGCGAGGCCGCAGCGGUCGACCCGGCUGAACCGCAAAAAUUACUAGCUGUUCUUGCUCAAACAGGCGCGAAAUUAACUUCGAUAUUGACAACACAUCAUCAUCAGCGUCAUUCCGUCGGAAAUAUCGAGUUGGUGUUGGCGAAACCGAAUCUUGCAGUGUAUGGCGCCGAUGCACGAAUUCCAGAAUUAAAUUAUGUCUGCAAACAUAAUGAAGAAUUCACAGUUGGCACGUUAAAAGUUCGAUCAUUACAUGCAGCGUCACACACGAAAGGUAGCGUUUGUUAUUAUGUUCGAGACGGUAAUGAGAUGAAUGAGGAAUUAGAAAGGGCUAUAUUUACCGGAGACACAUUAUUAACUGGUGGAUGUGGUAAAUUCAUCGAAGGUGAUGCAAAGGAUAUGUAUAACGUUCUUCACAACGUUUUAGGACAAUUACCCAAGGACACCAAAGUUUACUGUGGACAUGAAUGCGCUUUAAAUAAUCUUCAGUUUGCAAAUACUAUAGAUCCAAGCAAUCAAUAUUUACGCAAAAAGUUAGCAUGGUCACAGGUGGCACAGUGCACGGUACCUAGCACGCUUGCAGAAGAGUUUGAAUAUAACCCAGAGUCCUCCAUUCAACAAGCUACGAAUGCAUCAGAUUCAUAUGAAGUUAUGAAUAUGUUAAGGAUGUUAAAUGAUAAUUUCAAUAAUCAAAGCAACGGAAUAAACGGAUUAAGUAAUGGAAUGAACGGGGUAAAUGGAAUUAAUGGAAUGAAUGGAAUCAAUGGACUUGCAGGUAUGAUGUUGCAAUAG